UUCGCUCUUUGCUUUGCUGUGCGGAUUAAAUUAAAUUAAAUGAACCAGCCUUUGUUUUCUUAUCGAGUUUUUUUUAAACCAUAAAAUGUUGCGUAAGUUAAACUUUGUUCAUAUGAGAUGCAGCCGCACGUCUCCAGCAGCCAUUCCCUCUCCUCUGUGAAGACCCAGCAGAGCAGUGCGCCUCGGCUGAGCAGCGCCGGAGGAAGCAAAACGUGGAGACGAAAGCGUUUCGCCAAACUCACAACGAAAGAUUUUGGAUUCAUUUGUCUGCUCUUAGCGGUCACCUCCACAGUGCCACUUUGGUCUGGGCUAAGUGAAAAAGCAACAAGCACCUGCAGGGCCGCAUCUGUGGCCCAAACCCCAGUACUGCAGUAUGGGCAACUUUUCCAGCAAGGACGGCCAUGGACCCGCAGGCGCCCAUGCGGAGACUUUCCACACUCCUCCUGCUUCUCCACAAACUGAUGUGCCUCCUUUCACACCCAGUGUUCCCCAACUCCUUCACCCUACCUCACCUCCUCAGCCUUCCUCUCCUGCCCCGGUUUCACCUCCACCUCCGCUCCCAGUCGUCACAUCCAUCGGGAAGAAAUCACAGCCCACCAGCACCCCGACCACCCCCGGCACGUCCAGUCCCGCUCCUGAUUGGAGGCCUCAUCCACCAGUCAGCUCAAACAGCUCAACCGCUGGCCCUGGAGUAAGCCCAGUGCACAACAAGCCAGGAAGUGGUGUGGUCAAAGUACAAGCUGUUUUGGGGAGGAAUGGAGGUCCUCAAACCUCUACCCCUAGGACUUCAGGCUCCCAGGGGAAGACUGUGGCCGUCAGCCCCACAAAGAGUCCCUCUUCUCUGUGUAGUUCUUCACCUUUGCAGGGCAGCUCUUCAGGGCUGAAGUGGAAAGAAAAGGACAGUGGUCUGAGUCAGUCUUUACUGCCUGGUCAUGAAGCCAGGGACAGCCAUGGUGACGAACUGGAGAAGCUUCUGCAAGAGUGUAGGACAUCACUGGGUAUCACUGCCAGUGAUGAUGGGGCCACAAACACAGCAGAGAUACUGAAGCAUCUACUGACAGAAGUGAAGAAUUUGAAGAGUACUUUGCAGACAGAACGUGGGGAAUGGCUGCAGUUCCAGGCUGACCUCCAGGUGGCAGUGGCAGUGGCAGACCGCCUGAGAGCCGAGGCAGAGGAAGAGCUGACGGCGCUCCGAACGUCGCACAAGGACGCGGAGAGGGAGCUGGCUGCUGCCCAGAAGAGACAGAAGGAGGCUGAUGUGCAACUGGUCACCCUGAGAGGGGAGUUAAAGGAGAGCCGGCAGAGACUAGCAACUCUCACCCAGGCUCAAGGCAAAAGUGACACCCAGGCUCCAUGUCAGGAACCAGAGAGGCCCAAUGCAGAACCAGCCAACACUUUUGAGAGCAAAGAUGGGUCCCAGAGGGGCAGGGAUAGGGCGGUGUGCAGGUUGGGGCGAGAAGGGAUGGAAAGUAGAAGCGGGAAUGACGUGACGAAAAAUGUUGUCAGCGAGGAGGUGACAACAGGCUGUAAAGGUGUAACUAAACGUUACCUGAGAAACGUGACCAACGAGGAUAGGAGUGGAGAGGAGGUGCGAUCCAGUGAGACACGAAGGACGGCAACCGCAGAGAGAUCAAGAAGUCUGUCCAGAUUACCUGCCUCCUCAGACUCCGUCACCAUGCAGAAUGGAACCUCCCAGUCCAACACUACCACAACAGCUGGACCCACAAAUAAGAAUUUGGGGCAACUAAGAGGCCGAAGGAGUCUGGACUGGCAAGACAGCAGGUCAAGCACUGACAUAGGAAAACGUGAGGAGUCUCUAAACAAGUACAACUCUGCCCUCACUGAGUUACCUCCCACCAAGUCACAGGAUGGUUUCAGCCUGCUGCUGCGUCGCCAUGGAGGCUCCAAGAGAAACUCGCUGCUGCGCUGGUGUCAGAGCCGAACACAGGGCUACAAGAAUAUUGAUAUCACAAACUUCAGCAGCAGCUGGGCUGAUGGUCUCGCCUUUUGUGCUGUCUACCACACCUACCUCCCCUCACACAUCCCUUACAGUGCUCUUACUCCGGAGAACAAGAGGGAGAAUCUCAGUCUGGCAUUCAAAACAGGAGAGACUGUUGGGAUUGUACAAACGCUGACGGUAGAGGAGAUGCUGAGAGCAGGUGGUCCUGACUGGCAAAGGGUCCUGAGCUACGUGGAGAGCAUGUACCGUCACUUUGAGAUGUGACUGCUGGAGGUACUGACAGACAAUCCCAUACUGGAUCCUUAAGGAAAUAUCAAAGGAAACACCUCAAGCUGUAAUGAGAUGGCUCCCUGAAUACUAUACUAUACCUUUGGUGGGUGUCAGGGAAACAGGUUCUUUGGUUUCUGAAAAAAAAAACAAGACAUUUAAAGCUUCAAGCUGGAACCUUAAGACAUUAAAAAGAAAGAUUUUGCUUGAUGUUAAAGUUCAUAAUAUCUGAGAAACAACAAUGACAAAAAGCUAUCUUUUUGACUUAGACCCCGAUGAACAUCCUCUUUUUGUACUCUGGUCAUUUCCAUUAAUUUUUAGUAUGACUUUACGGAUUCAGGCUCAGGCAAGAAAACAUACAAUCAGAUUUUCUCACAGCUAAGCGGAUGUGUUUUUAAAACUGGACGAAAAAGCUUUGUUUAGUCCUUUUGCUGAAGACAUUUUUAAUAUAUAUACUGAUACCUGAUAAAGGCUUAAUGUCAGAACACACCUCCUUCUAAGAAAUAAUACUUUGGAAAUUUUAAGAGGUGAGUACGGUGUAGAUGUAGUAUGGUGUAGAGUAAGUUUUAAUUGGUUUGUUACCAUCAACUCCACUGUCAGUAUUUCUUUGCUGUUGUUGUUGUUUACAUUAUUGUGUUUUUCAUAUUCUUUCAUAACAACUGACAUUUCACAUACAUCAGUAAAUAUUCUGAAGAAUUCAGACGCAGUGAAAGUGAACAGCUCAUCCGGUGCAGAAAUGAGCAUCUGACCAGUUUAGGAGGAGGAGGAGGAGGAGGAGGGAAGGAUUAAGAAAAACACUUUUAAUGCAGUUACAUAUUGUAGCUUUCAAAAUAAAGGUUUUGAGUCACCUCCUUGUAGAAAUUCAGAAUAUUUGGGUCUUUUUUUUUAUAGCAUCUCUUUGAGGAAAGUAGUGUAUGUACAGAAUGAGUUGCUGUAUAUGUCUCCACACUGGUACUUCAUUGGCAGAAAGUACUGUAUUACUUCAUGUCACUCAUCAAAUAUGCUCUAUCUGCCAAUAUGUUUUGCCUUUUAACCUUGAUGCUUUGUAAAGAUUUUUCCUGGACCUUUUAGCACUCUGUAAAUAGGCACUUUGUCAGCACUUUGUUGGUAUAAGAAUGUAAUAAUGUACAGUUCAGAUGUGACAGAGUUUCUGCAGUCUUGUUAAAAGCUCGGUAGGCUAGUGCUAGCAAGGCUGCAGACCGGUCGACUUCUGUUUUUGAAUGUCAGUUGAUGUUUUCUCACAGGAAACACAAUCUUAGAAAAGUGCCUCCAUGUUGUCACAAGUGUGCCCGUGCUGUUUAGGUGCUCAGGGAUGCGCAUUACAGGAGUGACACAGAGCAAAGAAAUACAGGCUUACACAGGCUCGCACAUCCGGUUUCAACAUCAUAUCAUGUCACACCUGCGUCAUCACAGAUGCACAAAAUGCACCGUCAUGUUUCACCAGUGCUGACUAACUAAAUACCAGGUAUUGUUACAACACGUUUGUUGCCAAAGUCAAACUUGCCAAAUAUUGGACAGAUACACCUUAUAUUGUAAAACAUGUUUAUAUGUAACUAGUGUGCAAAGAAUUUGAUACCAAAUAAAUAAAAUAUUGAU